AAGGACGUCGUGUCGUGUUCAUGCGAGAUCGGUACUCGGCGGCACCACGAGACGAGAGGAAAGGAGUGACGUGAAGCGAGGGCGAUAGUUGCUUCCUUAGGGCGCUUUGGUUUCCUUUUGUUGUUUGGUGCGGAUUCCUCACAGCGCUUUGAACUUCGUCGGAUCCGAGGUGGUCGUCGUCUUUCACUGGCGGUCGUAGUCGUUCAAGUUUUGCAAGUUCUGAAGAACUUGCCGAAUUAGCAAUCGAGGUUCAGGAUGGGAGCAGAAGAUUUUUGGGCAAGCUUGGGGCCGGGAAUUUGCGGCGCUGUGUUUAGUGAACAGGUUUGGGCAAGCCUGGGGCCGGGCAUUGCUGGGGCUGUCUUUGGUGGCGGAUGGUGGUUUUGGGUUGAUGCCGUGGUCUGCAGCGCAAUUACUGUACCGUUUUUGCACUACCUUCCAGGAAUAUUUGCAUCCAUUGCUGCGCUCAUGUUCAACUGCGUCAGGAGAGAAGAUCUCACCGAUUACUCACCGUACGACGAUGGCGAAUCAUGCAGAUCAAAGACUUGGCUCUUUUUCGCAUACGUUGUUUCAUUCGUGUCUUUAGCAGGAUCAGUCGGUAUGCUGCUACAAGAUGCCCAUAUGGAAGGAAAGCCGUCUACGUGGACUGGCGCAGCUGGUGUGAUUCAGUGCACUAACGUCCUUGCCAGCGGUUUAAUAUAUUGGACAUCCAGAUCGGCGAACCAUCAUUGACAUAUGUUCUGUCGUUACUUCGAUCAACCAACUUGAUUUGCUUAUAUCCCCGCAGUAGUUGCAGCUUGUUGUUUGAAAGUUUCCGGUUCUCCGAAACUGUCGGAUCUGUUUAUAUGUAAAAUUUAUACACAAAAACUGAAAGGCCUUUGUGGGAAUUUCAAUCCCAAUGCAGAUUCCUUAGGUUAUCAAUGCGCGUUGUGUAGUGACUAUCACUCCUGCUCAGUCGAACUGUAUUUUGUUCAGUUGUUAGCAUAAGCAUUUGUAAAUCGUUCACAUAGCACUUUUGUUCAAGUUGUCCUCAUCAUUGUAGGUUCAGCUUUUGCAGUUUGUGUAAACGCAAUCUUUCAGUUGUAAAACUUAAAGAUCAAAAGUCGGAAGAAACUCAAGUUUGGUUGUUUAUGC